AUGAAUCGGUUGCCCGCCAUCACGAAACAACCACAAAAGCAGCAGCAGCAGCGAAAGGAGAAGGCGCCGCCAGAGGUGCCAGCGGUCAUCGUUGACAAGGUCAGUGGGACGACCUGCUGAAUGUCAGGACAAAUGUCACUUGCAGGAGCGUAACACGCAGUACGAGAAAGGACGGUUCCUAGGAAAGGGAGGAUUCGCUCAUUGCUAUGAACUCAAGAAUCGAUCGAAUGGGGAGAUUGUGGCCGGCAAGGUGGUGCCGAAGAGCAUGCUCGUCAAACAGUAUCAGAGAGACAAGGUAGGCCAGAACCAGAUUCUCUAAACUAAUCAACGCUUUCAGAUGACGCAAGAAGUGCAAAUUCACCGAGAACUAUCGCAUGCGAACAUUGUCAAACUCUUCCACUUUUUUGAAGACAAUCUCAACGUCUACAUAACUUUGGAGUUGUGCGCGCGACGGUCGCUGAUGGAGCUGCACAAGCGAAGAAAGGCGGUAACCGAGCCGGAAGCCCGCUAUUUCACACAUCAAGUCGUCGAGGGAGUUCUUUACUUGCACGACCUCAAAAUUAUUCAUCGUGACAUGAAACUCGGAAAUCUCUUCCUCAACGACGACCUCGUCGUCAAAAUCGGAGACUUUGGCCUAGCCACCACGGUGGACGGCGACGAGCGGAAGAAGACGUUGUGCGGCACGCCCAACUACAUAGCGCCGGAGGUGCUCAACAAACUGGGACACUCGUUCGAGGUGGACAUCUGGGCGGUCGGAUGCAUCCUCUACAUCCUGCUCUUCGGACAGCCGCCGUUCGAGUCGAAGUCGCUCGAGGAGACCUACUCGCGCAUUCGCCACAACAACUACACGAUCCCGUCGAUCUCGAGUCAGCCGGCGGCGAGCCUCAUUCGCAAGAUGCUGGAUCCGGAACCGACGCGGCGUCCGACUGCCAAACAGGUAAUUUUCACGUCGUUUCCCUUUAGUUCUUCUCACUUUGUGGAGGUGUCUCGCGUGACAGCCGCUCUCGAAGUGUUUCACGUUCGGUUUAGUUGCCCCACAUUUACACUACAAAAGAGCUCGGAAUCCGCCGGAAAUCAGUGUAGUUCGAGUUUUCUGAGCGAUGCGAUCUCUCCUCUCGCAGGUGCACCGCGACAUCUUCUUCAAAUCCGGCUUCAUGCCGACCCGGCUGCCCGUCUCGUGUCUCACGAUGGUGCCAAAGUUCGGCGGACGUGACACGUCGAUCAUGGAGGAGAAUGUGGCGCCGAGAGGAGCCGAUGCGCGUGUGCAACGGUUUGUGAAAACUAGUUGGAGACUUCGAAAAAAUCAAGAUUGCAGACCGCUAAACGGAAGAGCCGGAUUGGCGGCUCUCCCGGCACACAUCGUCGGCAACAACGCGGAUCGCGAACGAGCCCAGCAGCAGGCGUCGGAGGCCACGUUCAGAGAGCCGGAGGACGCCUACUUGUCUCUUCUGUUCCACCAAGUCGCCGUGCUCCUCGAGAAACGCAUUCCUGGAGUGAGCGAGCCCGCUCUCUUCUCACCAAUAACUAAAUUUUGCAGCUCGAAGAGGAGGAAGCGGCCCUCGACGGAUACCAAUCUCCGGAAUGUUUGCCCGUCUUCUGGAUCUCGAAGUGGGUCGACUACUCGGACAAGUACGGAAUCGGAUACCAGCUGUGCGACAACUCGGUCGGUGUGCUCUUCAACGACAACUCGCGCAUCAUGCUCGAUCAGGCGGGCAACGAGUUGACGUACAUUGAGAAGAGCAACCGGGAGCACUACUUUUCGAUGAGCUCCGGAGAGAUGCCGGGCUCGUUGACGAAGAAAGUGACGCUGCUCAAGUACUUCCGCUCGUACAUGAACGAUCAUCUUCUGAAGGCGGGCGAGGGCUCGGAGCAGAGAGCUGGAGACGAUUUGGCUCGACUGCCGACCUUGCGCGUCUGGUUCAGAACCAAGUCGGCGAUCGUGCUGCACUUGUCGAACGGAACCGUCCAGAUCAACUUUUUCACGGUGAGAGAAGAUUUCCUUUGGCGCGUGACUUUAUCCGUCUCUUUCAGGAUCACGUCAAGAUGAUGAUGUGUCCGUUGAUGCAGGCGGUCACGUUCAUAGAUCAAAACAAGCGGAUGCUCACCUACAAGUUCAACAAUCUCCAUCACAAUGGUUGUCCGGAGGUUUGUUUGCUCCAGAUGAUCCUCACCUAAUUUUCUUUAAUUUCAGAAGUUCCUGCACCGCCUGAAGUACGCGAAAACGAUGAUCGAGAGACUGAUGAGCGACGCGUCGAACGUGGCCUCGUCGCACGGAUCCGCCCGUCUGCCGGACAUCCACCGACCAAUGACGUCGGCGCGUUCCGCUUCGGCCGGUUCGCGGGCUCCGAUGCACGCGCCAGGACACCUUCCCCAAUCGGCCAGCGGCUCCAACAUCCACCCGCGUCGAUAA